AAACGAUGUCAGGUAAACAAGGUCAAUCGAUCAAAACUUUAAUAUAAUCAUUUCAUGGGGUCAAAAGUAUUUGUAGCUGCUCGUGCUGAAAUUGGUAAAACGGAUGAAGGGGUAGAACCGGACAGAAUUGAGUUCUACAAAGAUACUCAUUACUCAAGUGAAAAAGGCUGGUCAUCUCAAGAAGCUAAAGAUAACUAUAACGACAUGAAUGAUUCGAAAGCUCUAUAUAGCGAGGGAGAUUCUAUUAUGACUAUUGAUGAAAUUGUGGAUGUUGUACUUGGUAAAAAGUCGGGAUAUUUAAAAGGUCUCGAUUAUGGUCCGAAACCUAAUAAUGCUCGAGCAACACAAAGGAGAACGACAGAGUUAGAAGACUCUCUUAGAAAGGCGAAAGAGGAAGCUGCCAAUGCCCACGAUGAUUUACAAAAACGAUUAAAUGCAGCUGAAGUUGUGGUAGAAAAUCAGCAAACUCAGAUACAAGGCCAGCAGUCGCAGAUACAAUCAUUAAAUUCACAACUGAAUACUCUAUUGGCACGCCAAGAUGAUAUUUCAAAACAACUACAACAUUUUAUGAGCUCUUCUCGAUCAAGGUUAGAAGUAGUAUAACUUUAUAUAAUAAAUCUCAUUAUAGGUUUUUUUUUUUUUUUUAGAAAUAGACCGUACAAAUGACAUUUAAAGAGAGAACAAUGGGCAUGAAGAAGAAAUCAAAAGAAAAGAUUUGCAUGUUGAAUUUUUAUAUAUAAAGGGUAGAUGGUGUCUUAGUUAUUUUAGAUCAAACAUGGCAGAGACAUAAAUUAAAUCCAUUAUUAUAAAAGCAUAUCCCUGUGUAUUACUAUCUCUGCAUUUGUGUAGUAUCUUGCUAUUUUGCUGUAUGAUUUUAUUUUAAGCCGAAAGUCUAUGGAAACAAACUCUCAACCCGGUCUACUUACAUCUUACUCUCCCCAGACCCUACUUAUAGAAUUACAUUGGGUAUGUUGUUGUUGUUGUAUAAAAGCAUAUGUCCAUAACUUGCGCGAUAUCAAACUUUUCACCAUAAAAUUACUAUAAUACAUGAAAAGGUCGAAGGUACCUAAAGAGGGUUGGAUCAUUGGAAAUAGUAUUGGAUAUUUGAGAGAUAGAAAAAAAGUUGAUAUGAAGAAGCAAAUGUUCAACUUCUUCAUAAUCUCCAUUGAUCCCUAUGUUCUUCAAGCCGUAGCCAUAGGGAUUUUCCAGUCCAGCACGUUAUUUUUCUGAAGCUAGUUUAGAGAAAAAACCGUAGCUUUCAUCUUCCAUUGCUUUGAUUACUUGUUGAGGGACACCAUGGUUGAUGAUUUUGAAGAAACCAAAGUUUUCAGAGGCUUUAACAAUGAGUUUUAUAACAACUUUGUAGCUUUUAGCACCUAACUUUGUCUCAUUUUCUUGAUGCUGUGAUCACUGAAUCCUAUCAAGUUAUCCAUUAAGGUACAUUUAAUAACUUCAUAUAUUUUUUCAAAAUUUUAUGUUUCAAAAUUCUAUUGCUUAUUUAACCAAUUAUAACUGCGGCUGGCCAUAAAUCAUUGUAAAUAGAAUCGAAGUCCUACAAUAUAUUUGAAUUGUCUUUUGUUGUUUACUCUGUUUUCAUGUUAGUUUGUGCCUGAACUAGUACUUUUCUGUUCGCUCCGUUUUAUCUCUUCUUCAUUUGUAAAAGAUAUUACAUUUGUAUCUACUUUCAAUUACCAAUUACCGAAACCGAACUUUGAAAAUAUCGAACCGAAUAAGAACGCCCACCCCUAAUUAGCUUAUACUUUUUACAAGAGUUUUAGUUUGUAUGUUAGUUUGUUUAUCUCAUGAUAUCAAAGUAUGAAUUCAAAUCUUAUAUUUCUCUUUCUUCUUUUACACAGGUUGUGGAAGGUGGAAAUCAAGAAUAGUUCCUAGAGAAGUGUUACUACAAUGGUAUUUUGAGAAGAAACCUCCACUUUUUUCUUUGUUUUGUUGAUGUUUAGUAUGUUUUACAGUUACACUUUCAAGUUGGAUAACAUUACUUAAUAUUAGU